AAUCAUCAACCGUCUAAUACACCACAAACACCAUCAAACCGACAAACAGAAAAGACCCAGGACCGCGCCAAUGUCCGCAGACAGAGAAGACUCAGUCCAAGUCCUAAUCCUCGGCGCGGGCUGGACCUCCACAUUCCUAAUCCCCCUCCUAGACGACAACAAAAUUACGCACGCCGCCACGACCCGCAAGGGCAGCGACGACUCCAUCCCCUUCAAAUUCGACCCCGAAUCCGACGACCCGGCCCCGUUCCUGCCCCUGCCAUCCGCAAAGACCGUGCUGAUCACCUUCCCCAUCAAGGGCACCGGCGGGUCGAAGCUCCUCGUGACGCUCUACAUGCGCACUCACCAGCACGUAAAGACCAACUUCAUACAGCUAGGGACUACGGGGAUCUGGCCGGACAAGGGCCUUCACGACCGCUUCACAAUCCCGUUCCCCGACAAUCCGAGGAAGAUUGCCGAGGACGAGCUGCUAUCUCUCGGUGGGACAGUGCUGAAUCUCGCUGGACUGUGGGGCGGCAGUCGCCAUCCGAGGAACUGGGUUGGCCGCGUUGCGCCAGAUAAGGAGGAGCUCGCGGGGAAGGGCUCGCUUCAUUUGAUUCACGGCUGGGACGUUGCGAGGGCCAUUAUCGUGGUUCAUGAAUCUUUCACUCCUGGAGAGAGAUGGCUGAUUACCGACCUGAGAAUUUACGAUUGGUGGGACCUCGCGAGCGCUUGGGAUGAGGGUGGCUUGCUGGCUGUGCCGAAGCUGAAGACGGCGGAGGGGAAGCAGGCGGAGUGGGUUCAGGAACUCAUGGUUGCGAAGGGGAUCAAGUCUCUGCCGAGGCCGCCGGAGCAGUUGAAGAGGGGGUUGAAUAGCUUGCACUUUUGGAAGCAUUUUGGGAUCAUGCCUUCCAAGACUUUAGUCACUGGGUCUUGAAUUUGUGGACCGGGUUUCCAUCAAGAUUGUCGUGCUUUUCUCAGUUUCAAUAUUCGCGCUCGGAAAUGGGUGGAAUACAUCGACUUUGGUCAUUCACGGAUGCCAUACUUCAUGCCCUCUCAUUAGCUUUGCUCCCACAUAAGCUACCAUCAUUCUCAAUCUUGAAAACUAGGAUUUCCUCAAGAAAAUUAUUACGCAUUCUUUUCUAAG